AAUUAGAAGCUUCUAGAUCUAGAAACUUCUCUCUUCCCUCAUUCUGUUAUUCACUCUUCCCUACCCUAACUAAUCAAACAUGGAUGUUGACAGUGACUUUUCAAGUGACCCUCAGGUAGGUGAAAUGAAUGGAGACGCCGGCGAUUCCAUGGAAUGUGAACCCGAGAGAAACCCUGAGUCAGCUGAAAAGCUCAAGACUGAUGGAAAUGAAGCGUACAAGGCCAAAAACUACCAGUUAGCAGUGAGACUCUAUUCAACGGCAAUCGAUCAUGCUCCAGAUCAGGCUAGUUACUAUGGCAACAGAUCAGCAGCUUACAUGAUGCUCGGUCAUCACCAGAGGGCCCUGGAGGAUGCUCAAAUGGCCAUCAAACUAGACCCAAACUUUGUAAAGGGCUACCUUAGAGCAGCCAAAUGUCACAUGAUGAUGGGUAACCCCUCACUCUCUACUGAUUAUUACGAUAAAGUAUUAAUGAUCCAGCCUGGGAACUCGCAAGCUAAGGAAGAGAAGAAACAGUGUGAAAGCAUGAUACAUUAUCUUACAAGAGCAGAACAAGAAUUUGACAAAAGCAAAUUCAGAGAAUGUAUUUUCAGUUUGGACCAGUGUCUAGCUGUAUCUCCUUCCUGUACAAGAUUUAGAACACUGAAAGCUGAAGCAUUGGCUAAACAUGGACGUUUAGACGAUGCUGUUGUCCUAUGCAAUGACUUACUCAGAGAAAACAAUAACAAUUCUGAUGCUAUUUAUGUCAAAGCCCUCGCCCUAUACUAUCAAGACCAAACAGACAAAGCUCAUCAGUUUUUAAUGAAUGUACUAAAACGUGAUCCUGAUCAUAAAAAAGCAUUUCAGUUUAGAAAGCGUUCUAAAGAGUUAUUAAAGAAGAAAGAGGAAGGGAACACGGCAUACAAAAGUGGCUCCUAUCAAGAAGCAUACGAAAUUUAUAGUGACGCACUUCAGAUCGAUCCCUACAACAGAGCAACCAAUGCUAAACUCUACUGCAAUAGAGCACUGGCCUCACAAAAACUGGGAAAACUAACGGAGAGUAUUGACGAUUGUACGCAAGCCAUUGAACUUGAUGAGAAAUAUGUGAAAGCUUAUCAAAGACGAGCUACAUCAUAUCAAUUAAAUGAACAGCAUGAAGAGUGUGUGCGUGACUGGAAGAAAGUAAUGGAGUUGGACAGUACUAGUGAAAACAAGAGAGCUCUUAAAGAUGCCGAGAAAAAACUGAAAAUGAGCCAAAGGAAGGACUACUAUAAAAUACUAGGCAUAGAAAAGGAUGCCAAUGAUGACCAGAUUAAGAAGGCUUACAGGAAAAAAGCUUUAUUACAUCAUCCAGAUCGUCAUUCGACUGCCGAACCAGAGGUACGUGAAGCAGAAGAGGUGAAGUUUAAAGAUGUGAGUGAAGCUUAUUCCGUUCUGACUGACCCUAAGAAGAGAAGACGCUAUGACACUGGAGAAGAUCUUGAAGGAGGAAUUGAUAUUGAUGCUGCUGACAUAUUUUCAACAUUCUUUGCUGGUGGUUCACCAUUUGGAGGGGGUCCUUUUGGUGGUGGACCAUUUGGAUUUGGGGGAAUGCCCUUCACUUUCAGCACUGAUGGUGGAGGCAAUUUCUUUACUACAGGAUAUACACAUUAAUUAUUUUAAGUUACAUGUUUAACAUUAUCAUCUUUUGUAAUAACUAAUAAUAUUAUUAUUCAGUAUUAAAUGUUAUAUAAAUAAACACAGUGUUGCUGAAAA